AUGAGCGAAGAGAGUUUAGAGACAGGCGGCAGGAGUGCUCGAAAGGCAGUUGAAGAGGCUGGCUUUAGCGAGGACCUGAAGAGGGAGCUGGAGAAGAAGGUUGCAGAUGCCAGCUUUCGUAGUGACAAUGCGAGCGCAUUCGCCCAGGUCAGCAUGCCUGCGAGUGCUGGCAAAGGCACGCGCGAAACUGCUGCAGCUCGGCCAUGGACAGGCAAUGAGAGCAUCGAAGAUGCGUCGCUACGCAUGCUCAACGACUCCCACAAGCCGUUACGAGUCGCCGCGAAAGUUCCGUCUGUUCGUGGACCAUCGAGAGUAGACACUGGAAGACCUAAGAGUAAGCCUGGCACGGGUGUUCGUCUCGCCAAUGCUCGAGAUAGAUCCUCUGUCUACUCGUACGCGAACGAACAAGAAGGCCUAACCGACGAAGAGCGUGAAAAGUUCCGCCGCGAGAUGAAAGCUCGAUUUCAGCCCGGUGCUCGAGCUGUACCUGCAACGAUCCAAGGCUUGUCAUCUCUGGCGAAUGAGCGUAUUGAAGAUGCCAUAGCGCGCGGGCAAUUCAAGAACUUGCCAGAUCGAGGCAAGAAGCUAGAGCGUGAUUACAAUGCUAACAGUCCUUUCAUUGAUACCACGGAGUACUUCAUGAACAAGAUCAUCAAAAAGCAAGAGAUCACGCCACCCUGGAUCGAGAAGCAGCAGGAAGUUAUAUCGACAGCAAACACUUUCCGCCGCAGGUUGCGAGCAGACUGGAAACGACACGUAUCGCGCAUGAUCGCAAGCCGCGGAGGAAGCCUCAAAAGCCAGAUGAAGUUGGCCGAAGAAUACGCUUUUGCUGAGAGCUUUGAGAAUCCCCAAAAGCAACUUGAAACGAUCAAUCGUGUUGACGACAAAGGUCACAUGUCUCAAAUCACAAUAUCUGGUGAAUUUAGGCCGCCUCCUGCUGACAACACCGCUGUCAUAGAAGAAGAAAUCAACGUCACGGAACAGACAUUCAACGACGACGGAUCACUCGAGCCGCAUCAGGAAGAAGAAGUCAAAGCCUCCAACGAACAACGUUCAUUCACCCAAGCGCCUCCGCCCCAGCCACCCAGGCGGCCAACUGUGCGACCCUUCCGGGACCCGCAGUGGGAAGCAACUGAGCGCUCAUAUCAUGACCUUGCGAUCAAAAACUUGAACAGUAUCACGCGCUCUUACAAUUUGAUGGCGCCGGAUCUUGCAAAGAAACCCUAUUACAUUCUGAGCCGGGAGUUGCGGUCUUGCUUUGCGGAUGUCGCCCCGGAAGUGGCUCAUGCGAUACGCGAAAAAGCUCUCGCGCCCAAGUUCAAAGGUGUGGAAGUCAUUGGUCACACUCCCGGUGGAGUACUGGAAAAGUUUUCCAUGGACAAAGCAAGCCAUGUGUACGAUGAGCGAAAGCCGCAGUAUGGAUUCAAGGAAUUCUGGAGGGAUCUCUUCGCCCCCAAAUCGUGA